AUGCCAAGCGCAGACUCCAGCGGCGGAGCUCGUUGCACAAGCAUCCGACUUUUGCGCGUCCUCCGGGACACCGCCGACCCCAACAAGAAAAUCGACGCUGAGGAAACUCGCUCCAUGGGCCCCAAACCUCGCGAGGGCCCCGGGAUGGCGUGCAGCGCGUGUUACUACCUGGUUAUCAGCUCCACACACCUGAGCAAUGGACACUUUCGGCGCGUCAAGGGGGUCUUCAGAGGACCUCUGUGUCCAACUGCAACCAGUGAUUCACCGGAGCGUGCAGAGCGGGCUUUGGGCUGCUCAGUGGAGGAUCUGAAGGCUCUUUUCUACUGUGAGCUGUGUGACAAGCAGUACCUCAGACACCAGGAGUUUGACAACCACAUCAACUCCUACGACCAUGCACACAAACAGAGGCUGAAGGAACUCAAGCACAGAGAAUUUGCUCGCAACGUGGCCUCAAAAUCAUGGAAGGACCAGCGCAAAGAGGAGAAGGCUCUCAGACGCCUGCACCAGCUCGCCCAGCUGCAACAGGAAACUCAGCGAGUCCCAGGAAGGAAUUAUGGAAUACGAAGUACGGUCAGGGCUGUGAAUCACCAGCAGGACAGAGACGUGGACCAGAGAGACCACAGCCCUGAUGACAAACCUGAGCCCUCCAACCACACCCAGCGACCCCGUCCCACGCAAAGCAGGACAGCUACUCUCAGCCACCAGCCAGAAGAUCCAUGCCAAUCUCCUUGCCAAAUACCAUUGGCCACCGCUCUAGCAGAGUCCCCGCUAAUCACACAUCCGGCAUCCAGUACAGAUCCUCCUGCGGUGACCCCCCAGUCUUGCCUGGGCCUGUAUCCCCAGCUGCCUCUCCCCGGGCGAGGGAGAGUGGGAGGCAGGCUUGGCGUGUCUUUCUGCUUCUCGCGCAGGGGUCCCAGGCUGGAGCCUUCUGCCUCCGUCUUCUCGGACGUCGAGGAGGAGGAGAGAGAGAAGAGGGAGCAAAUGAAAGAAAGGAUAAAGGGAAUAAUGGAGGACAUCGACAGGGAAAUCGGGGCAGCAGAGGAGAGGAAACACAACGAGAGUGAAAAGCGUAAGCCUAGCUCUGACAGCGCUGGACCAAGCGACGAGGGGCCAAUCCCCAGAGAAGCUGUGACAGAAGAGGAGGAGAUUGAAAAGACAGACAUAGUGGAAGGACGCUCUCUUUUUUCCAUAGUAGCACCUAGCCAGGAUUCACCAUUCUCUCCAUCACAUACCCAGGUGACCGUAUGGGGCACAGCACUAGAGGGGGCACAAAUGGACAUUGAACACACAGAUAGUGAAAUGGAGAGGAAGCCAGAAAUGGAGACGGGAAGGGAGGGGGCUCAGCACGUGUGUGUGCUGGGGAAAGACGGCUCUACCCGUCUGAGAUGGCCUGUCAGUUUGCUUAAGUUCACCAAGUCUCAACCGCACAUUUCCUACAGCUGCAACCCACUCUGUUCGAACCCCCAACGACCAGAACAACUCACAGAGGAACCGCGGGAGUCAGAGCAGAAUCAGUUGUGUGCUCCCUCAGAUGAAUCAAACCUGUGUGCGUCAGUUAUUCUUACACCAGACGCUCAUUCCUGUUUACAAAGACAGACAAGACAUGAGUUGAGAGCACCCAGACAGAAAAUAGCUGAGGAGAAUUUCAAGGCAGAGCAAGAUAUCGACGUGGAGACAAAAGCACACCUGUUCCUAAAAAAAAACCUUUCAUCAUCAGACACAGGACCAGAAAGAGAAAGAUGCAGGCUAAGUAUGGAGAAUUGUGUGAGGGCAGCUUCCCAUCCAUUUGACCCUGCCCAUAGUGACAGCUCUGACACAAACUCCCAGAAUCCUCUGGGAGGCAGAUUAGGGGGUGGGAGAGGGAUCAGGGAGAGAGCCAUCACAGCCCUGAGCUGUAAAUUAGAGUCUGUCACCCAGUCUGGCACACAGGGGAUGUACAUCAGCCCAUCCAGGUGUGAGUGUGGGAGUGAGACAAUGUGCGAGUGUGCCAGCGCUCCACAGUCGUAUGUGGGUGUCUCAGAAGUGUCACACAAAAUGAGGAAAGCUAGGGCAAAGAAACGUAAGCUGGGAAAGAGCAAGAGGAGUGAGAGGGAAAAAGCUUCAAAGAAGCGCCAAUCAGCGAGGUGCAAAGUGAGGAGCGUCGUCUCUACGGUCGCCGCUGGCAGAGAGGGGAGAGGAGAAGCUGGAGGGAGCUGGGGGAAGAAAAGGAGGCAAAGGGAGAGCGGGGAGACGAGGACGGGGAGGAGGGUGCAGAGAGCAGGGAGCAGCUGUCUCCCGGGGAGAUGUGAGGCUGAGCCAGUAUCUGUCUCUGUCAGGAAGAGGAGGCCUCACAGGAGCCACAGCACCGAGUCCCAGCUACAGCCCGACAGAGAGCAGGCAGAGCACUGCAGUGCCUACUCCCAGCUCACCAGACACACAGCAGACAGAGACACCGAGGGGGAGGGAAAGCGAGACGCCGUGACUUUUCCCUGGCGGUCUCACUUCUCCUUACACUCCUUCUCACCAGGAUGUAACUCAAAGCUGUUUUGGGAAAGGGGUCACCAUAGCAACCCCAGGAGUUUCAUUGACUGCUGUUACCCUGACAACAGCUGUGGUGGCAGCCCGGCUAGAAAGAGAAAACUCCCCCACAGGGACAGGAAAUUCAUUCAUAGUAAGAGGAAGAGUUUGAGGCGUCGUGAGGUGUGGGAGGAGAGGGGCAGGGAAAUGGGUUGGCAUUCAGGUUGCAGAAACAGAGGCCUGGUUUCAGAUACAGAACAGUGGGAGUGGGUGAGAGGGAACUGCCCUGAGGUUAGUGAGGAGGGCAGGUCGAAGACUGGGUGGAGAUCGAGAAACAGGGCAGUGGAGAGGGAUCGGGCGGCAAGGUUUAGCCCCAGUCCUAGCAGCUGGGGCAGGAGGAGCAGACAUCUUAGUACAGAAGAUGCAGACUGGGACAGGUGCAGCGUGGACAGAUGGACAUGGGGCAGCAACGACAGCUGGGAAGACAGGGGUAUGCACAGAUCCACGUCAGGCUCCAGGACAGGGGCUGACAGCAGAGACAGCCCGGGCUGUGCGUGGAGAUGUACUGGCACCAGACGCUCAAGCUCCAGACACUUCUCCAGCCCUGAGUGGUGGGCAAGCAGGCAGACAUACAGCCCCCAGAGUGUGAUCAACACACGGGUCAGCAGAUGUCACAGCCCAGGCUCCUGCAGCCCCUGCAGUAGCACCAGCAUGUCCGAGCUGAGCUGGGAGUGGAGCAGGAGCAGUACCUGCUCAGGAGUCACAGUGGAUGGGUUCACAGUUAGCUCCUGCAGGACGUCCUUGGGAGCUCCAGGACUCUCAUCUGAGGUCCCUCAGGAGGCAAAGAGGCAGAGCUCCUCAGUGUCCACUUCAUCCGGACUCACUUCUAGUUCUUUCUCUCAUCCCUCUCCCCUCAGAUCCUCUUUUGCUCCCGCAGCUCCAGGCCUCAAUACGCACCAUUGUGAAAAAAGUACUUUACAUCUAAAAGAGCCCGGUUCACAAUCUGACCUCAGACAUAAACCCUCUGCCCUCGUCACCACAAGCAGCUCAGGCACAACUCCUCCAGGACUAUCCCCGAAUAAGUCUCUGCCACAGAAACCAGCUAGGACAUUGCUUCUUCCUCUCAUUGGGAAACUACCUGCAAUCCAGAGAAAGGCUAGGAGGAAAAAGUGGCUGCUGGAGAAGAGUCAGGAGAAGGAGGGAGAGGAGGAAGAGGAAGCUAAGGGCGGCAGAGUGGAUCCUGGAACAGCCGUCAACAGUCAGAAACAUCCUCUGGACACGGCUGAGUCAAACCCCAGCAGCACGGCAAAUCUCUGCAUGUCACAGAUUAGGAUUGAUGACAAACAGACAGGUGGAGAGACAGCUCUGCCAAUCAGCUUUACCGCUGAGGAGAUGGACAAAUAUCGCCUCCUGCAAGAGCAGGCGAGAGAGCACAUGCAGAAAGUCCUGGAACAGACGCAAGAGGGUGCAGACACGCACACAGAGACGAACUACACACACACCACUCAGACAGAGACUCCGGAAGAACAAUACACACCUGUACCUGUACCCUUGCACAACCCCUCACAGCCUCAAAGCCAGUCAAUUCACACAGACACGAUGCAAACGCAAGCACAGCACGCCCUCCAGGUCAGUCUCCCACUUCCACACGUGACCCCACAAGAGAACUUUGCUCAACCCAUGGCUCUGGGAGUCCCCAGCCUCCCUCCUCUCCCGCCGUCCCCUCCUCUCUCCAGCCUCCAUCACAUCAUUUUACAACACACAGCCCUAUCCAUGCCCCCUUCCUCCUCGCCCUCCUCCUCCUCCUCCUCCUCCACCUCGCCCCCCUCCCCUGCCCUCCACCCGCACACAGCUCAGCUCCCCCACCCGCUCCCCCACCCCAUCCACCCCUCCCUCCCACAUCACCUUCACCUCUCUCCCUUCUCCAUCUCCUCCCUGUUUCCUUCCAUCCUGCUGUCCCAUCACCCCAUCCCUCUCCUCCCUCAGUCCCCCGCUUUCCACGCAACCCCGCUCUCUCCACUCUCCCCAGUAGCGCUGCAACCCCUGAACCCUCAGCCUUUCAUGGACAGAGCGUGGCCAGUGAGGUUUCAACAGAAGGCGUUAUGAUUUUCACAGAGCGGCUGCCAUGUUUAUUAAUCCUCCUUGGCAACAAUGACUGGUGAGAGAGAACGAAGGAAUUUUUAGUUUGGACAGAGGCCUGCUAUUUGAAAUGGGGAUGUGUCAGAGCUUUUACUAGUAACAACUCCAACUCUUACUUGCAUAUGCACUCUCAAACACAUGCACGCAUGCAUACACACAAACAGCCCAACUAUUGACUGUUUUUCAAAUGAAAAUUUGUUUCUCCAUUUAGCCUCUGCUGUGUUGCAGCAGACAGUGAGAAAACAGACUUUGAUCCUUUGCUUUUUCCAUCAUUCUUCAUUCAGGCCCAGAAUAAAGGGAAAGGUGCACCUGCUAUUCAAAGACAAGCUGGGCUUGUGUCACCCUCUCUUUUCCUUCUGAACCACAGACAGACCAGCUGCCUUUUGAAGUAUCCUUCAUGCCAGGGAAAGAGGGGCAAGAGAAAUAGAUAAUACUCUUCCCUUAUCUCCAUUUCAUACAGGUUAUCUGAGUUAGAGUGUGACUUUCAACAAACAUAAAUAACGUUCCAGGGACUGGGGGGCAUAGCACAGUUAUUUUAACCUUGGUGUAUGCUGCAUUUGUGUGUGUAAGAUAGAGGUAAUUCAGAAAUGACGCACACAUACACCGUAGGAAGGACAACAACUAAUUUCCAUAUCUGACACAUGUAAAGACUUGUUUUGUCUCUAUAGUGUAAAUAUUCCGACAGUGAGUGAUAACAUUAGAAUCAUGGGAAACAAUAAAAUUCAAGUUGAAUUUAACCUUUAGCAGUAUAGUUCUAUGCUUAUUCCACACUCAAUGGCUUCAGCGAUACAAAUAGUACAACAACUUUCCAUAUUCAUGUGUGUCAUGAUUUUUUUUUUUUUCCCAACACAGCAUUUAACAAAUCACUUGUUGAGACAGCAAUGAAUGAAAAGGAUCUGUUACAUUAAAACUUGGGUGAAAAUAAAUGGGCUUUAAUAAUUUUUUUCUUUCUCUGAUUCAUGGUGAUUCUGCAACAUGUUGCAACAGAUUCCACAUGAAGAUUUAAUACUGUGUGGUUUACCAUUUCUCCAAGUGGGGCCCAGAAUUCCUUGGAGUCCUUCAUAAGAUCUU